AUGUUUAUCAUUGACUUCCUCGUGCUGGGAUGCCAGCAUUUAUUGCGGACCAUUUCAAGGCACAACAUCGUUGUGAUUUCCCUCUGCCUUGGAUUUACAAUUCUCCUACUUGUACCUCGGUCAAGAGAGCAAAACAUUGUAGUGCAACGAGAUCCUACAUUCUAUCCUUCAAGGUACAUUUUACUAACAUCCGUGUCUCCAUGCAGUAAAGAAAACUCUUUUUUCUUGGGCUCGGGUGCUACUUCAGAUGGGGAAGAUCUCGGCCAGCUUGUUUUGGAAACUUCCCAGGAGCCACAGUCCGUUCCUUACGAUCCAUACCCUGAAUAUAACAGCGCUGCAUGGAAGGAAACGUGGAGAGGAACUUACCAGCAAUGUGUUGGCCCAAAUGGUUCAGCCCUGGAUCACAGGAACGCAGAAACAGCGAUGAAAGGCUUUCGAUGGAACCAAUCAGAUUUUCCGGCCCCUAUUUUUGGAUCUUACGCGGCCUGGAAUCUUGAUCAGAGUAUCUGCACAGACCGAUACUCUCGGUAUGCUGCGUACGGCUACACAGGGGAAGCUGAAACUGGUGAACGGGUUGGCGAAUCAAAUGAAGUGCAGUUUGAGAACGUGAAUUGGGCGAUUGCAGCAGGAUUGCUUUCAGCGCAACGCAGACCGACGUUGACUCUGCACAAAGACUACGAUAAUGGAAUAGAUGAACAUCUAUUGAGAGAAGAGAAGACAGAGAUAGACCAAAACAAUAGCUCUUCUAUUUUCAAACCACGGACGGCGGUGGUUCUGCGCACUUGGACUGACAUGGAAUACACGGAAAAUGAUCUGCAUUAUAUUCGGUCAAUUAUCAUGGAGCUAUCGCUCUUGUCGGGCGCAGAAUAUGAGGUAAUCCUCUUGGUCGACGCGAAAGAUACUGAAUUGCCUCAUCCAGCAGACAGGGCGGGGUUAGACAAUCUCAAAAGCUCUCUUCCGCGGGAGCUCCAGGAUCUAGCAAUCUUCUUCAACUCGCAGAUACUAGAAGACUGGUACCCCAAAAUCGAUACCCACCCAAUGCAGAUUUUGUCUCGGCUGAAUCCUCAGUACGACUUCUUCUGGCAGUUCGAGAUGGAUUCACGUUAUACGGGCCAUUUCUAUCACUUUCUACAACAGGCGUCCGAGUUCGCAAAACAACAGCCCCGAAAGAAUUUGUGGGAGCGCAACUCUUACUUUUACAUUUCCGCUGUCCAUGGGACCUGGGAUGAGUUUAUCGAUCGGGUAGACCAAAGUAUGCUGGGUCUUGACAGUGUUUGGGGACCCCAGCCAGCAAAGGGCAUUAAUAUUGGAAAUGAGGGAUCGAAGCGACCACGAUCAACCCUGGAGGAAGAUUCUUGGAGCUGGGGCGUGGGCGAGGAAGCCGACGUCAUCACCUGGCUACCUCAAUUUGACCCUCGACACACCCAUUGGCCUUUCGCCGACCGGGUCUAUAAUUUCCGCCAGAAGGGACAUACUCCGCGCCGGGCAUCGGUUGUCGCUAUGUCCCGUGUCUCAGCCCGAUUGCUCCGGCUGAUGCAUAAAGACAAAUCUGAGAAGGGGUUUGGACUAGCACCUGGAAUGUCCCCUACUUCCUGGGCUCUUUAUUAUGGACUGAAAGCAGUUCAGGUUCCUCAACCCAUUUACCAUGCGCAUAAAACAAACCCCGAUGAGCUCAAUAUCCGAGCUAAUUCAGGCAAGCCCGGUAAGAUUAGCGCUGGGCCGAACAGUAUCUGGAGCUGGAAACAGCACAAUGAUAUCUUGAUGAAAGUAUCGUACAUGUUUGGUUCGAAAUUUCCAGAAAAAAUCUAUCGAGCCUGGCUAGGCUAUGAUGAUGCAGAGAAGGUCUCGUCGUCUUUGCUUGCCCCCAAUGUUCUUGCACCCGGUUAA